GUUUCCAAGACGCGAGCAGCUGAAAGCAAAACAUGUCUACAGAAGAUGAAAGCAAAGUUGAGACGGUAAAAUCUAAAGAGGAUAAAGCAACUCAAACCAGCCCACGUCCACAAAAGUCCACCAAGUUCACCAACUUCGGCGCUACAGCGAGUCAGUCGGAAAUCUAUGAUUACUAUGAGAAAGAAAUUAAGAGCCGGGUAAUCAAAUCAAGCAGUCAGUCUGAAAAAGAAGCCCUAGAGGAUGAAGAAGAAACAGAUGAUUCACAAAUUAAGGAUAUGUAUGAUUUAUCCCAUCUGGCUGAGAUGGCCAGAAACAUGGAGGGUGAGGUGUAUCACAAUGUGCAUGCAGACUUUUUAUAUGAUUUGAAGUACUUUGAAGAUCCCUCAGAUGAAUUUAGAGGAGAGAAGGGCACUCUUCUCCCCCUGUGGAAAUUCGAGUAUGCAGAAGCCAAAAGUCUGUCUGUGACUGCCCUCUGCUGGGAUCACAAACACAAUGAUUUGUUUGCUGUUGGUCUUGGGUCACAUAAAUUCACUCAACAGGGGGGUGGCAUGGUUCUCUUUUACACUCUGAGGAACCCCAAUUACCCAGAAUUCAUCUUUAGCACAGCCUCAGGCGUAAUGUGUAUAGACAUCCAUGAACAUCUGUCCCACCUGGUGGCUGUGGGAUUGUAUGACGGCUGUGUUGCAGUGUACAACCUGAAGAAAAAGACUGAUCAGCCCAUUUAUAACAGCAGAGCCAGCCCUGGUAAACAUAAAGGCGCUGUGAUGCAGGUAAAGUGGCAGAAAGAUGAUCUGGACAGUAAUCACAACUUCAUCUCUGUGUCUGCCGAUGGACGAGUGGUGUCUUGGACUCUGGUAAAGCAUGAACUAGUCUUCACAGACAUGAUCAAGCUCCCAGUCCCAGACACAAUUCCUGAUGACCGUAAGGAUGUCUUUUUCACAGUUGGAACGUCCCUGGACUUUCACAAACAAAAGGACUCAAAUUUUCUUGUUGGCACGGAGUAUGGAAAGAUUCACAAGGGCUCCAAACUCUAUAAUAGGUUUGUGGAGACAUAUGAUGCCCAUUUCAUGGGUGUGAGUUGUGUGAGGUGGAAUCCCUUCCAUCCUGACGUCUUCAUCUCCUGCAGCUGGGACUGUAUGGUCAAAAUUUGGGAUCAAACUAUGAAGUUUCCCAUGUUCACAUUUGAAUUGGAAAUUGGAGCUGCGGUGACAGAUGUGGCCUGGGCUCCAUAUUCCUCCACUGUCUUUGCUGCUGUCACCACUGAAGGAAAGGUUCACGUGUUUGACCUCAGCAUCAACAAAUAUGAGGCUCUGUGCCAGCAAAAAGUGGUGUCCAGGAAGACCAAGCUCUUUAAAAUUCAAUUCAACCCUGUCCAUCCCAUCAUCAUCGUGGGUGACGGCCAUGGCCAUUUGACCAGCCUCAAGCUCUCUCCCAACCUCCGCAAGACGCCUAAGGACAAGAAGGGUCAGGAGUUGCAGAUGAGCCCAGAGGUGGAAAAAGCAAAGAUGGAGCAACUGUUGAUCUUACUGCGAUAGCCUUAGAACAACCAGCAGAACUGAAGCACAUGAAGACCACGAAAAAACCCCUAAACAUUUAGAAAAUGAAAAUAUUUUAUUAUUUAUUGACUAGAAAUGUGAGCGUAGCCUAUAAGUAAUGCACUAUUUUUUUGCGUUAAAAAUAGACUUCGAAUGGAUAUUUCAAUGUAUUUAUUAAACAUUACUGUCUAAGCCAACACAAUAAAACAUUA